AUGGAAUCAUCCAGUGCCAGUGUGACUAGCCCAGACAUGUUGGAAGAGGCUCCUCACAAUGACGUUCAAGAAGACGGCUUAAGUUCCAAAGAAAUCAUUGAUCAAAGCCAAUCCAAUGAAGGACUGAAUAAUCACUUGUCAAAGUCCGUUAGGGCAAGUCCUCCUCCAAAUCUUGCAGGGUCAUCCGAGAAUCCACAUCCGAUUCCACCUGUGGAUGAGGAAGAAGAGCGUGAGUAUGGCUGCAGGUACUGUGAAAAGGUCUUCUCGAACAAGCAAGCUUUAGGUGGGCACAUGAAUGCACACAAACUUGAACGCACCAUUGAAAAAAAUAUCCUGAAUAGGCAGAUGGCUAACACCGCAUACCCUCCUCAUAAUAAUUUCAAUGGUUGGUUGUUCUACAGAUCUCAGGAAUUUUUCAACAGGGCUCUGACGAACAUGCCUUAUUUUGCUCAACAGUGCACAAUGCAUCAUGGGAUUAUGUGCUAUGGGCGUGCACCCCGUCCCCUCCCAAGAAUUAACGAGGGUUACCCUGGAUGGCCAAUGCCUGUGCCUGGAAAUGUUACCCAGUUUAUGGCACAUCCCAGUUCUUUGCGCGUGGAAAAUCUUCCUCCAACCAUUCAUUUUUCAACCCCAAGGUCUGUUCCCAGCAGGAACUUUCUAGGAGAGAUUAGCAAUUUGCAGAUGAACGGACAAGACUCAGGUGUUGAAGAUGACUCAGGCCUCGAUUUAACUCUUAGGCUUUAA